AUGGCCGAGCAAAUGUCCACCCCCCGCAUCGUCGCCGCCUACCUCGACAACUUCGUCGGCCGCACCGUCACCAUCGUCGGCAAAGUCACGCAGCUGCGCGGCGACCAGGCCACCAUUGACGCCGACGGCGUCGUCACCAUUCUGCUCAACCGCGACUCUCACCUCGUCAACGGCAAUGCCGCCCAGGUCAUCGGCAAGGUCAACCCAGACCUCUCCAUCAAGGCCCUCAGCACGCGCGACGUCGGCCCCGGAGUCGACAUGGUCCUCUGCUCCGCCGUCGCCGAACUCACCCACCGCCACAAGGAAAUCUUCGUCUCCGAAAACUGACGCGCUCAGCCAGGCCACGGCGUCUCGCCGCUCCGCACCCACGAGCCCCAGCACCAACCGCACAUCGCCAUGGUCUGGCCAUCACCGCCAAAUGUAAUCAAUCCGUCGUCUUCGCCUGCACCGCAUCGUCGUUUGUCUAUUGGUCGUCUGCAUCGCACUGCGUCUCCUGUUCGUCCUUCUCCCAGCCGCAAUCCUGAUUCUUCUGCCGCGUCUUCUUCCAGCCAGCGAGACUGGCAGCAUCAGCGCCAGCAGCAGUGGCUGGAUCUCAUCCCCUACGAUCCUCCUGCUCCUUCUCCUCCGUUGGAACAGCAUCAGCAUCAAUCUUCUCAGCAAUCUUCUUCUUCAAUGCCUUCAACCGCCUACCACCCCAUGCCAGGCUCUUUCCACUCCGACUUCGAACCCGACCUCCCAUCCUCCGACGAAGAAGCCAUCUUCCGUCUCGCCCACGCCACCUCGCCAUUUACCAACUCCAACAACUCGCCAUUCGAACCACGAGAAGAGCUUCAAAUCCAACCCUUCUCCGUCGUCCCCUCCGCUCAACCCCGCCCCAGCUUUCUCUCGUCUUCUUCUUCCUCGCCCCCAUUCGCAAACAUGUCCACCUACUCUACUCAAGCCGCAAGUUACUCUCUCCCCUCACCGCCAACCUCCCAGCUCGAACGGCCUGAAUCGCCCUUGUCUAUCGCCGACUCUCAGCCUACGCUCCGCCAGGGCGAUUCUCGGGUCCUUUCUCCACCCAUGAGUCCCAUACCGAGACCCCAAAACAGAGUUCGUAGUGGUAGCGGUAGUGGCAGCAGACAUGCUCGAAACUCAGAGGAUGUCGAUACCCGGGCGCUCAACGCCGUUGUGGAUGGCAUUGGAAGAAUGCAAGUCAAUAUGAAUCUGGACCAAGCUGGGAGAUGGAGGAUUGCACGGCGGCCUGGCGCUCCUUGGUAGUACAAAAGAGCACCAGCGCCGUGAGAUGGCAAUCUCAAUGGAGGAAUUUACGGUAUUUGAAUUUGAAUAGGGUAGAUCAAAGUUCAAUGGUCAUGAAGCGUUGGAAAAGCAAUGUUGAUAUGAUAU